CAGCCUUCAUGCAUCACACCAGGUCCCCUCAUCAAGCUCAUGCCACACACCUGCCUCACCAGCUAUAUAUUACAGUCAACCUCCAGCACUCUGCCAGAUUAUUUAACGCUCCUGCUAGUAAACCGUCCAGCCUUUUCUACCCUGCCUGAUCAUAGCCUCCCGACCUCGUUUCCACGCCUGACCCUUGCACCUGCUGCGUGUCUACCUGGUUCCGACCCACGCCUGCCUCCACUUUGCCUUUACCUGAGUUUUACUUCGCUCUUUUCCAGCUUCAGCAGCAGCAGCAGCAGCUCCGGGCUGGACUCUCGUGGACUGGCUGUCCUGAUAACGGGCUGCGACACUGGCUUCGGGCACCAGCUGGCUCUGUGUUUGGACCGGAGAGGCUUUGUGGUGUUUGCUGGGUGUCUGAACCCAGAGGGAGACGGAGCUCAGAGUCUGGAUAAAAAGAGCUCCAAAAAUCUGAAAAUCCUGAAGCUGGAUGUCACCAGAGAUGAAGAUGUGCAGCUGGCCAGGAAGAUGAUCCAGGAGAACCUUCCAGAGAAAGGUCUGUGGGCGGUUGUGAACAACGCUGGAAUCUCAGACUGGGCAGAGAUCGAGUGGAGCACCUUUGAAGACUUCUACACCAUGAUGGACGUAAACCUUUUAGGAAGCAUCAGGACUUCCAUCUCCUUCCUGCCUCUGGUUCGUACAGCUAAAGGUCGGAUGGUUUUCGUGUCGAGCAUCUUCUCCUUCUUCCACUGUCUGAACAUGGGCGCCUACAGUGUGUCGAAGAGGGGGCUGGAGGCGUUUGCUGAUUGUUUAAGAGUGGAAAUGGAAAGUUUUGGUGUGAAGGUCAGCAUCAUCCAGCCAGGUAACUUCGCUGGCGCCACCAACAUCCUGAAGACCAAAACCGGUUCGGAAAUCUGGGAAAACCUGAACGACGAGCAAAAACUGGUCUUCAGCCGCCGCUACAUGGAGCUGGCCUGCGACUAUUUCACGUCCACAUGCAGGACCGGGUUCAAGAGCCCAGAAGUGGUGAUCAAAGCCAUGCUGCACGCACUCACGUCAACUCGACCUAAACACAGAUACCUGGUGGUCUCCACGUUGGAUCUGAUCUUCUUCAAGUUGUUUCCAGUUCUGCCUUCUUUCAUCUCUGAUGCCGUUUUUUCUCUCAGCUCCAUUUAUGCAAAGAGAAAAGAGAUGCUUUAUGCUUAAAAGACACAGUAGUUCUAGAUCUACUGUAUGUUAUCUUCUCAUCUAUUAAAGUAAACGUAUCAUCUGAUUGACAGAUUUCAUCAACUCCAGCCAACAAUAAUAUGAGCCAUUAGUCUGUUGUUGAUGCCUUUUGGGUCAGAACCUAAAAUAUUAUGAAAUACCUUGUAAAACUACACAGAAAUAUUCAUCACAGAGCCUGCUUCUUCAUCUGAAUCUCAGAAAACACAACAAAAAUAUAAAACCACAUUCUACAUGUUUUACUUUUAAUCUGGUCACAUCUUAUCAUUCUAAAUAAAGAGAAAAACACUUUAAACUAUUCUGGAUUUAAAUGAAUUAUUCCACAAGUUAGACCCAAUUAAUAACAUGUUUUCAUCAAUAAACCUCAUGAAUUUGUGGAUCACUAUCAAAAUUAUGAAUCCAAAUUUCGUGUGUUACUAAACAUUAUUUACUUCAGAAAGUUGAAUAAAACAAAACCAGCAGCAUUUAUGUGUAACAGAUUUAAUAAUCCAUAUUUUACGUCUCUUUCAUCAGUAAAAGUUGUUUAUCGCUGACGUAUUUAAUCUGAAUAAAGUGGGAUUAAGGGCUGUACUCACAUUGAUUGAUUAUUGCCAAUAAUCAAUCCCAUUUUCCCCAUGGGAUUGAAGGUUUAGAAUGCAAACAGAGAGAUUUCAUUUUUUUCUAACUGAAUCUGCUUUUUGUAAACUCAAAGCAGAUAAUCUGCUAUGCUAGCGCAGUUUUAUUGAUUUUAUUUAACUUUCAUUACUCUUGUUUUUAUAUCUUACUUAAAGGUUUAAAAACAUUAAAGCUGUGUGACUGCAGAUGCUUUUUCAUGAUUAAAUUAUCUUUGCGCUCCUUUAAUUUUGACCCUUCUCGGAAUCCUUCCAAACUGUUAGAACCAGAGAAGCCGAUUGGCUGCGCCUGAGAGCAGCUCAAAAAACAGGAGGUCUCACUUUGUUGUCAUUUCUGAAGUCACUUCCAAAUAAGAGAAAAACGUUUAGGAAAUAUGUUUAGAUAAUUUAGAUUUUGAAUGGAGAAGGGGGAAAUUUCAGAUGUUUUAAUUGCAUCAUAAAAUAGUUUCUAACACUUUAAGCUGUUGCUUUCAUACUGGUUUCAGUGGUUCUUGAGCAGCUUCAAAUGAGACAGCCCUCUUCUGGCCAGAAACUGCACUAAACAACAUUGCUGGUUCAGGUAGGUACCAGUACCAGCCAUUGGUACAAGCCAAGAGUUGCAUCUUGUUCAAAAUCCCUGUCUGGAUCAGCACCACCAUAUUUAGCCUCCCUGCUGACCCGUUACGUCCCUGCAAGAUCGCUACGUUCGGGUCAGAGUGACCUUUUGUUGGUACCACGAUCAAAACGUAAUUCUAGGGGUGAUCGUGCCUUUGCAGUUCUGGGUCCUCGGCUUUGGAAUCAACUCCCACAAGAAAUCAGACCAUCCACAUCACUGCCCACUUUUAAAGCAAGGUUUAAGCUGUAUUUUAGAUCUGUUUCUCAGUUGUUUUAAUUCCCAUUUUAAUGUUUUGGAUCACAAUUUUUAUUAUUUUUUUAGCUCUUUUUUGUUUUUAAAUGUUUUUAUCUCUGUAUUUUUUUAUUGUGCUGCUUCUUUGCACUAUGUUCACACCUUGGGCCCCCUUGAUUGGGGGUGGGAAGGGGCUUUAUAAAUAAAAUGAUUGAUUGCUUGCUGCUUUACAGCUUUAACCCUCUCAGGCUCGAAAUAAGUUUAGAUAAAAGGACGAACAACUAAGUCCUUCAGGGGUACUUCUGAGUUAAAAAAUGCUCAUGAAAUACGUGUGUGGAGUAACCAGGUAGGUAGGUUUUAACGUUGCAAAUCUGCAACGCCUGCCUCCAGAGGGUUAAAGUGACAGUGUGUAUUUUUCCUGGCGAUAGGGGGCAGUAGAUACCUGAAUCAUUGCAAGCAAGCAGUAUUUUUGUGUUGGAGUAAGACCUUACCGAAUGAUGUCCAUUAGGGUCAAAAAGCUCUAGGGAGUGCAAACUUUAGCAAAAUAACAAGCACAUCAUAUUCCCAUCACUGGCAACAAGUGAAGAGGUAAAUGUGUAAAACAACAACAUUUAAGAAUGACAAAAGUUUUGUAACCUUUUGUUACAAAUCAGUAAAUGCAUUCUGUCAUCAUGGGCUCCCUUAGAACAAAACAUGGCGUCUAACAUGGUGUCGCCCAGAGACUUAGAGUGUUUCUCAAUGUCAAGGCACCUGGUCUUGCGAGGCCAGGCGCCUUGCUUACAAGGACACUGUCCUUCGUUGGUCAAAGAAAACAGUUAAAUGGAACAGACUUGCAUCACGUGACCGCGGCUUCCGUGGCAGUCCAGAAACGUCACGUGACACAGGAGAUGUUAUAUUUUAUACGUAUACAUUUCAAUAUAGAUAUAUAACGAGUCUUUUACUUUUUAAAUUGUGUAUAUUUUGGUUAAAUUAAUUAUGUAAGCGAGUUACUACCUGCUAACCUCCGAAGCUGCAACUACUAGCAUCUAACCAACCAUAGCUAACUGCUUUAGAUAUAAAAAAACAUUUUAUAUAUCAUCCCGAUAGCUACAAUUAGUUGACUUACAUUCAAACUUGAAAUUUGCCCCAAAGUAGCUGCCAGCCUCUGAUCCGCCAUCCUUUUGAAAAUACAGAGGUGGAUUGGGAGAUUUUUUACCAAGGCUAAGCUACAAGAUACCUCCCGUGUAUCCUUGCUCAGCUAGCUAAACGGCUAACAAACGGAGAACAGAUGCCUUGGUAAAACAUGAACAUUGGAACACGUCUUGGCGGUUCCUGACGACAUCUCCGGGACCAGGACAUCAAGGCGAGGUUCCAUUUCAUUGAGAAACACCCUCAGACACGCUCCCAUGUAUUUUAGACUUGAUUUUUAUGGUUAUAUGUUAUGAAGCGGCAAAUAUUUUUCAACAACUGGGCAUCAUUUCAUUAAUUUUCUACAACAUUUUGAUGAACAUUUCCACAAUUUAAUGGUAAAAGCUACACAUUUUCUCUUUAAUGUACUGGUAUCAAAUGUAAAGGAUAGCAGUUAGCCUCUUUUGUGCGUUCAUUCUGUGUAUUUUUCCUAAAUGCUUUACUUUGUUGUUUUUAACACAGAUAAAGGUUGUUUUCCCUUUUAUGCUGACGUUUCAACCAUUGCCGCGGUCUUUUUCGGAGCUAGCCGUAGUUGGUGGAGAAGGAAGUGACGCCGUCAGCAGCGGCUAGCUCUGAAGAAGACCGCAGUCAUGGUCAAAACGUCAGCAUAAAAGGUAAAACUACUUUUUUGUGUUAAAAAAAGAACCAAGUAAAGUAGCAGUUAGCCUUUUGGGUUCAUUGACCACCAAUAGAAAACACACUAAAAAGACAUGCUCUUUGAUUUAUUUAAAUUGGAGCCUCCAGAAAUGUUUGUAGUCU